UGCAAUCAUUCGCGUCCGAGCUAGAGAGCUCAACAAACGUCGGAUCGGUCGACUAUGGAACGGUUUGAACAUUACUUAUCGGAACGAAAACGUGUCUUUACAAGUUCGCGUUAACUUUGCACGAAAAACCAACAAACAGUUUUCAUCAAAAUUUUAGUUUUUAAUUAUCUUACUCAAAACAUUAAUUUUUAUGCAAAUCAAAAAUUAGUGACUUUAUAAAAUAAAGUAAUAUGUGAGUGAAUUAUUUUUUGGUUGAUAGUGUUUUUUGAGUGGUAAUUUUGGAAGUUGGGUUUUUCCAAAAAAUAAAAUAAUGGACUCAUACGGGCAUAGACCGCCUCCUCUACCUCGGAGGGUGAGGAAUAUUUACGCGGAACCCUUUACUCACGAACCAAGAUUGACUCAAGGUAUGCAACAAAGUCAGUUAUCACAACAAAUUCCAGCAGGAGGUGGACCACUUCAAGGUCCAGGACAACCACCUCCUCAACAAACACCUUUGGUGAUGCCAGUUUUUCCCUUGAGACCCGCCCAAUCAUCACACGCUCCACAUUAUUCGCCAUAUUCACCGUCCAGGUUUCAUAUUGACAAGAGAUGCCAACACAGGUGCUCUUGGAAAUGUUUCAGUAUAGCAUUGAUACUGUUGAGCGUGGCACUAACUGCAAUGUUAGCUUAUUUCGCAGCUGUCAGCUCUAUGAAACCCAGCAUGGAUUCUUCAAAUUGUAUUAUUGUUGGGGAUGAAAAAGAUGUUACACAUGACCAAAUGACUCAAGGAUCUGUUUCAACACAACAACCAACAGAAGAGCGCUAUAUUUCAGAAUCACUUCCAACAAGUACAGCAGAACAUUCCAGUGUAACAACCCAACAUAUAUCACUGCAACAACCGCAACAGCAAAGUCAACAACAAGCGCAAUGGCCACCUCUAUUAGAAUUACGCGAAUUAAAUACGGUUCAUGCCGCGACGAUUCCUCCCUAUCAAUUUUGGAAUUCGGAAUUUCGUAAUAAACAACCCGCUUUUAUUCGGUUCAACUUUACGCUUCCGUGGGGCGCGAAUUUCGCGGUUUACGGAAGAAGAAACGUUGCCCCCAGCGUAACCCAGUACGAUUUCGUCGAGUUCGUUAAGGGAGGUCGCGUUGAUCAUCGACUAAGAAAACGUAGGGAGGUGAAAAUGCCAAAGAAAUCAGAUGUUUUGGAUACGAUUGUUAGUUCCUAUGAAUCCGCCAGAAGAAUUAUGGCGGAUUCUCAACCGAAAGGUCCGUUUUAUGUUCCACCAGAGAAAGUUGUAAAAGAUUUAAACGAUUUAAGUAAUGUAAAAGGUUCAAAAGAUGAUGAACGUUUUUAUGAUGGUUAUUAUUCUUCUUCAUUUGAUGACGGUGGUUUUGAAUUACCAAAACCGACCAUUGAUCUUGGCUUUGAAUUUGAUGAACAUGUUAUUUCAAAACGAGAAAGUGAUAUGGAACCAAUGUUGGUAAAUGUGAGCUUGUUACAAUAUUUAGAUACAGGGAGAUGGUUUUUAUCGGUUUAUAACGACGAAUUACAACCUCACAGCGUUUCUUUGGUAAUUUCGGAAGCUGAAGGAGUUAGUACGACUUGUCCAAAUGAUUGUUCCGGAAGAGGAUCUUGUUAUUUAGGAAAAUGUGAUUGUAUCGAUGGAUUUCAAGGGGUUGAUUGCUCUAAAAGUAUUUGUCCAGUUCUUUGUUCGGGACAUGGCCAAUACGGUGGCGGUUUGUGUCAUUGCGAGGAAGGUUGGAAAGGGCCUGAAUGUGAUAUUCCAGAAACAGAUUGUCGCAUUGCUGAUUGUUCGGGUCACGGUCAAUGUGUAAGAGGUUCGUGCCGAUGUAAAGCCGGAUGGAAGGGAGAAGUUUGCGAUGAAGUAGAUUGCGAAGAUCCCACUUGUUCCGAUCAUGGAACGUGCGUUCAAGGCCAAUGUUACUGUAAGGCUGGGUGGCAAGGUGAAAGAUGUAAUCGAAUCGACGAACAAGUUCAUAAGUGCUUACCUAGUUGUUCCGAUCAUGGUGUUUAUGAUUUAGAAACAGCUAAGUGUAUUUGUAAUCGGCAUUGGACUGGGCCGGAUUGUUCUCAAGCUUUGUGUAAUUUGGAUUGUGGCCAACAUGGUAAAUGUGAUUCUGGAAAAUGUCGAUGUGAUCCCGGAUGGACAGGGUCCAAAUGUGAACAACUUCCAUGUGACCCACGUUGCCAAGAACAUGGUCAAUGUAGAAAUGGAACUUGCGUGUGUUCUCAAGGAUGGAACGGAAGACAUUGUACUUUACCUGGUUGUGAAAAUGGAUGUUCCGGUCACGGCCAAUGUACCAUGGAAGAUGGAAUUUAUCUUUGCGUUUGUAUUGAAGGUUGGGCAGGAUCAGAUUGUAGCAUUCCACUCGAAAUGAAAUGUAAUGAUGAUGUUGAUAACGACCACGAUGGAAUGAUUGAUUGUUCCGAUAGCGAAUGUUGUUCGCAUCCAUUUUGCGCCGAUCACAUAAUGUGUUUGGCAAGUAACGAUCCGGUUGAAGUUCUUUUAAGAAAACAACCCCCAUCGGUAACCGCAUCGUUUUAUCAAAGGGUCAAGUUUCUGAUUGAAGAAAACUCGGUGCAAUCGUACGCACACAUGGACGAGUACACCGAAAGCGAGUUCUGGAAUUCCUUUACACCGCGCCGCGUUGCCGUUAUGAGGGGCCAGGUUGUUACUCCCCAAGGACUUGGAAUCGUUGGAAUCAGAGUUUCUGUCGACAGGGAAUCUAGAUUUGGAUUUACAUUAACAAGACAGGGUGGAUGGUUCGACGUGCUGGUGAACGGCGGCGGGGCUGUUACAUUGCAGUUCCAGAGGUCACCUUUUAAACCCCUCACGAGGACAGUGUUCGUGCCUUGGAACCAAAUCGUCGUUUUACCACCGGUACAUAUGCAACUCAGCGAAGAACACGAAUCCACUAGGAUACACACUAGAAAUCCUGCAAUAAACUUCCCCGGUGUAACUCGUUCAUUAUUCACAUUGAGUGGAGAUUUACCGGAAACAUGUUCAACUCACGAUCCGGAGAUUUUAAAACCGGUAAUAACCGGAACUUGGAUGCCAGAAGCGGUCGGCGGUUUAGCCGGUCAAAGUGUGAUCUUUUCCGAAACUCAAAUCGUCCAAGAAUCGAUACCGAUCCCAGGUUCCGAUCUCCAUCUAAUGUACCAAAGCUCCCAAGCUACUGGCUAUUUAAGCACGAUCCACAUGAAACUCACCGGACACGUUAUACCGAAGACUUUAACUCACGUCUACGUUAGAGUUGAGGUCGAAGGUUCGCUUCACGUGAAAACCUACGAAGCCGAUCCGGAUUUAAAACACACAUUCGCAUGGAACAAACGAAACGUUUACAAACAAAAAGUUUACGGGAUUGCUUUGGCAAAAAUUUCUAUCGGUUAUCAACACACAACGUGUUUAGAUCCAGUUUGGGAAACACAAACUGCCAGAUUGAAAGGAUUCGAAGUUGAUAUUUCGGAUAUUGGUGGGUGGGGGCUCGAUAUCCAUCAUCAUUAUAACUUCCACGAAGGAAUUUUACAAAAAGGGGAUGGUUCUACGCUUCAUCUCAAAGAAUAUCCACGAACUGUUAAUGUUGUGAUGGGAACGGGAUUGCAAAGAACUUUGGAUUGUCCUGGACAAUGUGGAGGACCAGCUAAAGAUGCUAAAUUAUUAACCCCUGGAUCAUUAGCAAGUGGCCCAGAUGGAAGUAUUUAUGUAGGCGAUUUUAAUUUAGUUAGAAGGAUUACACCAGAAGGAAAUGUUUAUACAGUGCUGCAACUAAGAGCCACCCAAGUCGCUUAUCAAUAUUAUUUAACUAUAUCACCAGCUGAUGGUCAUUUAUACGUUUCCGAUCCAGAAAAACACCAAAUUUUAAAGGUUAUCUCUUUGGAACCUGUCCAAGAUCCAAGUAUUAAUAGCGAACCUGUUGUUGGAAAUGGUGAAAGAUGCAUUCCAGGAGAUGACAGCAACUGCGGUGAUGAAGGCUCGGCGAAACACGCGAGAUUAUCUCAUCCAAAAGGAAUAGCAAUAGCAGCUGAUAAAACCAUGUACAUAGCUGAUGGAACAAACAUUCGAGCUGUUGACCCAAGAGGAUUUAUUCACACAUUAAUAGGAAGUCAUGGCCAUCACAAUCAUUGGUCUCCAAUUCCAUGUAAAGGGGCUAUUCCCGCCUCGAAAGCUCAAUUACAAUGGCCAACUGGAAUUUCUUUGAGUCCAUUAGAUGGUUCGCUCCACUUCAUUGAUGAUCGACUCGUUUUGAAAUUAACCGCCGAUAUGAAAUUGAAAGUCGUGGCUGGAACUCCUCUUCAUUGUCACUCAACGGAAACAAAUUCAACGAGUUUGCCGCUUCCUGAAGAUAUAUUAGGGACGGUUUUAGCAUUGGCUUUUUCACCAAAUGGUGAUCUUUACAUAGCUGAGGCUGAUACAAGAAGAGUUAAUUAUAUAAGAAUGAUUGAUUCUUCUGGACAAAUAACACAUUUUGCUGGAAAAACUCAAGAGAAAAUGAAAAAUAAUUGCGAUUGCAACACAAGUAUCACCACAGCUAAUCCAAGAAAAAUGCAAGAAAUGCCUACAGCGUGUAUUUGCGGAGCUGAUGUAACAACAAGUAACGCAGAAACUUUGUUAUCAUCGAACGCAAAGUUUCAAGCGAUUUCUGCAUUAACCGUUUCACCUGGUGGAGUUCUUCACGUUGCCGAUCAAGGAUCUUUACACAUUUUAGCUUUAGAACAUUAUUUACCAUCUCACGAUGAAAACGGGGAAUUUCAUAUACCUUAUCCAGCAACGGAAGAAGUAUACGUUUUCAAUCGAUACGGGCAACACGUCGCCACGAAAGAUUUAGCAUCGGGAAAAACGAGAUACUCAUUUUUAUACUCAAAAAAUACUAGUUUUGGAAAAUUAUCCACAGUUACUGAUAGCUCGGGAAAUAAAAUACAAUUCUUAAGAGAUUACAGCAACGCUGUUAGUUCUAUCGAGAAUACGCAAGAUCAUAAAUCUGAGUUGAAAAUUUCUGGUGUUGGAUAUUUGGUGAAAUUGAGCGAAAAGGGGAGGUCGGAAAUUGAGUUGGAUUAUGAUAUGAAUAGUGGAUUAUUAACAAGUAGAUCAGGGGGUGGUGAAACUUAUAUGUAUCAAUAUGACGGUCUUGGAAGAACAACAGCAGUGAUUUUACCAAGUGGAGAAGUUCUUAAUUUAAAAUCAGAUUUAGCAGAAAAUGGAGGAUUAGUUGUAACAACAUCGAAACCACCAACAGAAAUUUGCGUAACCGGAAAAACUAAUAAAAAAGCCAUCAUAACCGAUAAAUCAGAACACUCAGAAAUUUUAACCUUAAUGAACUCAACAUUAAUCGUAAACACAGCUUCAGGAGGUUCAAUUGUGGUGUCAGCGAUAGCCCGUCAUCCUCUUCUUGAAGCAGCACUCCCCGUCGAAGCUGAAAUGCUCCCAGUUUGGUCGGAACAAAUAACUACGUUUGGAGAUGGCGUCCAAAACUUUAUGUCCACCACGUUUAGUUUGGUGGGUGAUGUAAGAAAUCCUCAACAAACUCUUAAUAGAGAAAUUAUCGUAAACAACACUAAAGUUCUUGGAGUUGAAUUCGAUCAAUUUACAAGUCGUGAAAUCUUCUAUGACAAAGAAAAGCAACCUUUACUUUCGAUAACUUAUGAUCCCGCGGGUUUACCUUUGUCUUAUACACCUGGUGGAGGAGCCGAAGCUUUGAAUAUUUCUUACGAUGGUUUUAAUAGGAUAGAUGGAUGGAAAUGGGGCGUUUCUGAGUUAAAAUAUAGUUAUGAUCGGCAUGGUUUAUUAUCGGAAAUAACAAGUUCGCAAGAUGGAACACAAAUGUUUUUCUACAACGAUUGGAAUAUGAUCUCAAAAAUAACUUUGGCGAGUCAAAGAAAUUUCUUAUUGAGUUACGACGAUGAUGGUGGUUUAAGACAUAUUACUUUACCAAGUGGGACGAAACAUUCUUUCAGUGUCCAACCAUCAAUUGGAUUUAUUAGAGCCACUUACACACCACCUGGAAGCAUAAAAGCUUAUUUACAACAUUUUUCACAUUCAGGUGAACUAUUACAAACAGUAUAUCCCGGAGAAGGGGCUCGAGUCGUUUAUAGAUACUCCAAAAAUAACCGCUUAAUAGAAAUCGUUCACGGAGAUGGCAAAACUAUUUAUCAUUACUCAGAAACAACAGGAAUGCCAAGCCAAGUUCUUCAUACUGAGCAAGAUUUAGAAUAUCGUUGGGAUUACCAAUACAUCGGUGGUUUAUUAGUUGAAGAAAGAAUCGAUUUUGGUGCUAAAACAGGUCUUAGCAACGCUAAAUUCACUUACGAUUACGAUAGCAAUUAUCGGCUAAUUAAUAUCCAAGGAAGAAUCGGUGGCCAAAACCUUCAACAAUACAAUUUAGGUUACAACGUAAAAACGGGAGCUUUAGAACUAAUUUGGCCCUUUAAAAUAACGAAACCAAAACAUAACGAGACUCACGUUUACGACGGAACCGCAUUAUUCUCAAGAACCGUCGAUCCCCGCUACUUAGAAACACAAGUUGCUUUAACCAUCCAUGGAAUGGAAGUUUUUCGGAUGGAAUUUAGCCAUGAAAUGCAUGGAAGAAUCUCGCAAACUAGAACUUACACAAGAAAUGUGGGUGUUAAUACUUACACGAAUAUUAAAAAUUAUACUUGGGAUUGCGAUGGUCAACUUCUCGGUGUUGAAGCGCAAGAACCAUGGGGAUUUAGAUACGAUGAAAAUGGAAAUAUGUUAUCGUUGACUUAUCGAGGGAAUAUUAUCCCAAUGGAAUAUAAUACAAUGGAUAGGAUUAUUAAGUUUGGUGAAGGACAAUAUAAAUAUGAUACUCGUGGAUUGGUCGUACAAAAUGCAAGAGAAGAAAAGUUUCAUUAUAACUCAAAAGGAUUAUUAGUUAGAGCUACUAAAAGAGGACGAUUUGAUAUAAGAUACUUUUACGACCACGCUGAUCGAUUAUCAACUCGUAAAGAUAACUUUGGCAACGUCACCCAAUUCUUUUAUAACAACCAAGAUCGACCAAACGAAGUUAGCCAAAUAUAUUCACCAAGAGACGGGAAGUUAAUGUCUUUAGUUUACGACGAUCGCGGUCAUUUAAUCUACGCCCAAGUUUAUAGACAUAAAUAUUACGUGGCGACGGACCAAUGCGGAACUCCCGUCAUGAUUUUCAAUCAAUAUGGGGAAGGAAUCCGUGAAAUAAUGAGAUCGCCUUAUGGUCAUAUAGUUUACGACUCAAAUCCUUAUUUAUAUUUACCAGUUGAUUUUUGCGGAGGUUUGUUAGACCAAGUCACAUCACUUGUACAUAUGCCUAACGGAAAAGUUUAUGAUCCUUUAACGGGGCAAUGGAUGUCACCACUUUGGGAAAAUGUUUUAGAAAGAGUUGCAACACCAACACAGUUACAUCUUUAUAGAUUAAAUGGAAAUGAUCCUAUUAAUGUUCAAAUUAAUCGAGAAAGACCAAAAGAUCAUCUAGAUUGGUUAAACAGAAUGGGUUAUAACCUAAAGAAUUUAGCACCUCAACUCUUCCCGAACGAACUCCCAAGCGGAAAAAUGCCACCAUCUUUGACACAUCCAACAAUUUUCUGGCAACCAAUAAAAGAAACGAUGACCAGUCAACUUACAAUGCAACUAGUAACCAGUGUUCAAUCAGGUUUUCUAGCUCAUAUUCUUUCAAGAAGAUCAACAGACGCUCACAGUUUAUCAGCACCUUCUAAAUCAGCUUUAAAAACCGACGUUAUGGAUUUAAUUCCAAAGAAAAUCGGUGCAGCUUCCGAUCCACCAUUUGGAAAAGGAAUUUUAGUAUCAAGAAGCCAACAAGGAAGAGCAAUCGUAUCAAGUGUUCCAGCAGCAAAUGCAAUUUACCGAGACGUUUACACAUCAGUUUUUAACCGCUCUUAUUUACUUCCGUUUACUUUUGUUAUUCAUAACGCUCAACAAGAUGGUUUUUAUUUCGUUAAAGAAGAAACAUGGAAAGCUAAUGAUGAUAAAGGACAAUUAAAGCGACUUCAAGGUCAAGUAAACACAACGUUCCACGAAAUUGCUCGUGAAAAUGGAAGUGGAAAUAAUUACUUCGAUGUAAAAAUACACGGUUUAAACGCAGUGAUUAAUUUGAGGUAUGGAACCACAAUGGAAAAGGAAAAACAAAGACUUCUUCAUCACGCUAAGUUAUCGGCAAUUAGAAAAGCUUGGCAUAAAGAAAAAGAAGCUCUAAAGAAUGGGUUUACGGGGUCAACAGAUUGGACGGCAGCGGAAAUUGAUGAAAUCAUGAAAAUGGGUUAUGUUACAUCGUAUGAAGGUGAAUACAUCCAUGAUGUUCAACUUUAUCCGGAAUUGGCGGAAGAUCCGUAUAACGUUAGAUUUCAAAAGAAACAAAUAGAAACGUCAAAACGAAAACGGAAGAAAAGGGAUUUAAAAUUAUGUGAAAAAUGGUGGUUUACUUUUACUAAUAUCUGCUAGUGCAAUCCCAUCCAAAAAGUAAAAAAAAAGUUAAUAUAAAAAGAAUUAAAAUUAAUGAUGACGCGAAAAAUCGAAAUUAUCCAUAAAGAAUAAAAAGAUUAAAUAAGUAAGUAAAAAGUAACAUCAACAAAGAAAAAUCACCGUAAAUCAAUGGACUCGAUCAUUUCGAAUUGAAAGUUUAAAAAAAAAUUAAGAAAUAGAGGUGAAAAUAUUUCAAUUAACUAAGUGUGAUGUACCAAGAAGUAAGCUUAAUUUAAAAAAUGAAGAAAAAAUAAUGAAACAAAGAUAAAGGUGAGAAAAAAAGACCGUGUACGUUUUAUACCAAAGUCUAUUUGUGUAAUGUAAUUUCAAAGAUGCCAAAAUGUAUAUUAUUUAUUUACGUUAACUAUAAUAAUAACUAUAAAAAUAUAUGUAUGUAUGUGAUUAUCGUGCGAAUUUGUUGAUUAAUUCUCAACAGAAAUCAUCAUCUUUACAAUUUUUUUUAUGUUCCUCUCAUUACAUUUUUCCGACUGAACCUAAAAAAAAUGUUUUUUCUUUUGCGAAUCAAUCAGCAAUUUACGCCCCUUUGUAAAUAUUCGCAAAUUAAUAUAUAAAUAUAUUUAGGAGAAGAAGGUAGGGGUUUUUUGGAGUGCAUUUUUUAGACGGACAACGAGGUAAUAAGGUAUUCAUUAGAAUUUUUUUUUUUUGAACGAAAAUUUUGGAUAAGACAUUUUUUCGAAAACUAUGUAGGAAAUUUUA